UGGCGGCUUGAGCCUAGCUGCGCGGAGGGAGGAGCUGGGCGGAGAGGAAUCAGCGUCCAUCCUUCCCGGUCGGCGUGUAUCCCCGGCCCUGAACCCCUCCGGCAUCGGGAAGCGAGACUGAAGGCCGCGAUGGUCGCAGGAGUUGCCCUGCUUUGAGUCGCAGUCCUCGCAACCGGGUUGGGUCCAAUAUAGCCUCCUCGAUGGAGCUGAGAGUCGGUAACCGGUACCGGCUUGGCCGGAAGAUCGGGAGCGGCUCCUUCGGGGACAUUUACCUUGGGACAGACAUUGCUGCUGGAGAAGAAGUCGCCAUCAAAUUAGAAUGUGUGAAGACCAAACAUCCUCAACUCCACAUAGAGAGCAAAAUUUACAAAAUGAUGCAGGGUGGAGUGGGUAUUCCCACAAUCAAAUGGUGUGGUGCUGAAGGUGACUACAAUGUAAUGGUGAUGGAGUUGUUGGGACCAAGCCUUGAAGAUCUCUUUAACUUCUGUUCAAGGAAAUUUAGCCUCAAAACAGUCCUAUUACUUGCUGACCAAAUGAUUAGUCGAAUAGAAUAUAUUCAUUCGAAGAACUUCAUCCACCGAGAUGUAAAGCCUGACAACUUCCUGAUGGGAUUAGGCAAGAAGGGCAAUCUUGUCUAUAUCAUAGAUUUUGGGCUUGCCAAGAAAUACCGGGAUGCUCGUACCCACCAGCACAUUCCGUAUCGUGAAAAUAAAAACUUAACAGGAACUGCCCGCUAUGCCUCCAUCAACACUCAUCUUGGAAUCGAACAAUCUCGCAGAGAUGACUUGGAGUCCUUGGGCUAUGUACUCAUGUAUUUUAACCUGGGCUCCCUCCCCUGGCAGGGAUUGAAAGCAGCCACAAAGAGACAGAAAUAUGAACGCAUCAGUGAAAAGAAAAUGUCUACACCCAUUGAGGUUUUGUGUAAAGGAUACCCUUCCGAGUUUGCGACAUACUUGAAUUUCUGCCGGUCAUUGCGUUUUGAUGACAAACCAGAUUAUUCUUAUCUAAGACAAUUAUUCAGAAACCUCUUCCACAGACAAGGCUUCUCCUAUGAUUAUGUGUUUGAUUGGAACAUGCUGAAAUUUGGUGCCAGCAGAGCAGUUGAAGAUGUUGAGCGCGAACGGAGGGAGAGAGAAGAAAGACUGAGACAUACACGGAACCCAGCAGUUCGUGGUUUACCAUCCACUGCUUCUGGCAGGCUGAGAGGGACACAAGAUGUAGCUCCACCGACUCCUCUUACGCCAACCUCACAUACUGCAAACACCUCUCCUCGUCCAGUAUCUGGAAUGGAGCGAGAACGGAAAGUGAGUAUGCGAUUGCAUCGUGGUGCCCCUGUCAAUAUCUCCUCAUCUGAUUUAACAGGCCGACAAGAUACCUCGCGCAUGUCAACCUCACAGAAUAGCAUUCCCUUCGAACACCAUGGCAAGUAGCUGCUCGUCUCCUUCUCGUUGGAAAGCAGCACUGGAUUCCUGCUCUGGCGACAUCCAGCGUUCUCCAGUCUGCUGUGCAUCGGUGAAUAAUGUUGCCACUGAGGGGCAGAUAAUGCAUGGCUGAUCUCCUAUGUUACCAAUGGCUUUUACUAGCAAAGCUACCCCAAACUAGAGCAGAAGAAAUAUUACAACUGGAUCUCUCCUUGCCACUUACUAAAGAUACUCACAGGAACAUGGACAGAAUCCAGCAGCUGCCACUACAAGAGGCUUUGGCCAGGAACCUGAUAACCUUAUGUGAACUCUAGCUACAGGGCUAGAAAAGGAAGAGACAGUUUACAGCAUUAACCGCCUGUUAUUUAAUAGCCAUUUCAGUUUUCCCUCCACAGGCGGCAGCCUUUACCCCCUUUUUAUUGUUCUACUUGUAACUAUAUAAAUCUUUUACUUGGUUUAAGAAAGUUUUGUAUUCAUUUUGCUAAGAUUAUUGGCUUAACUCUCUGUAAAGAAUUCACUCUCACUUUUGUCUGAUCUGAAACCUAUGUAGAAAUGUGAACAAUCCUGAAGUAUAAAAAAGACUUGAACUUCUUGUAAACUUACAUCAGGCAGGGAAUGUGUAAAUGAAUUAGAACAGUUUGGUUUUACUUUACACUGUUUUGUUUAUAUAUGGUCCCAUCCUAAGAGGAGGAAUAGUAUGGAUGUUCUCAAGGUUUAAGUUUUUUGGGUGAGGGAUUGUUUUUAAACAUUUUUUUUUAAUUUGCCUGUCUUGUUCUUCCAGUGUUGUUGUUUUUUAAUUAAAUCUCCAUGCUGCACAGUAACAUUUUUUUAAAUGUCUAUUCGUCUCUGGUACUAUUCAUGAAAGAAAAGUUAUUUUGAAAGGAAGAAAAGUACCCAGUCAAGGUGAUAAGAUCACUUCAUAGACUGUGAGGAACUAAAGUCAAAUGCUCUAAAAUAACUUUUUAGGGAAGGUUUUAAUGUUGAAUGUACAAUAUGUGUUCUUUAUUUACAGGAGGAUUUCAUAUGAAAUGUUAAUGACAAGAUCCACUGUUUCUGCUUGGGUUUUGGUACAGAUGCCAAAAAAAAAAAAAGAAUGCUGCCACUGCAGUGGGAGUUGUAGUGCAGUGUGUUGUAGUAGGUGUGCUUAUGAGUAUGCAAGUGCUUAUUAUAGCCUGCUGCAUUAUGCCAAGGCUUGGUGGAGCUAUAAACAAAAUGUUCCUGCUGCAAGAUGCCAAGACUUGAGAUCAUUCAAGCCUGUUGAAUUUAAUAUUUUAACGUUUGCAAGUCUGGAACAGCUGGCAUUCAGCUGAAGAUACACGUACAUAAUAGCCAAAACGCUUACCUUAGCAAACAAACGUUCCAGCUAAAGAAGGAAGAAUCUUUGUUUUCACAAGCAGUAUAUUUUGUCCCUCUGUAAUCUGGGAAAGUAGAAGGCAUGUAAAUCAUACCAAAUACCACUCAAUGUAACAUCACGCCCAUCUUGGGAAUGAAGGUGCAAUACAUAGAUGUGUUGUAUUACUACUUUUUAAUCAACAGAUGUGAGAUUCUUGCCUCCUUGGAAACUUAGUGGCUUAUAUGAACCCAUGGUUUCCUUUUUCUAUUUAUUUGCAAGCAUUUUAUUGUUCUAAAGCUUUGCCAGCUCCAUUUUUAGUUUUGUGGAUUUUUGAGUAGGAAGUAUCUUGUCACUUUUCUUUAGCUGCUCUGAAACAUUAACCAAGUGCUUAUUUGUAUGUUCAGGGUCUGAUUGGAUGCAUCCUGUGAUUAGGGGUGUGCAGUGGGAAUAUUUUUAAAUGUUGAUCCAUGGAGGAUUUUGCAAAACUGUAUCACUUGGUUACUAUAAAUGUGGGUUCUUCAGGCAUGUGCACUUCCAUUUGUACAGUACUACACUUCAGUGUGCUUUCUUUGUAAAUAUUUGUGGUCAAAUGAUGUAAUGUUAGAGACUUAUAAAAGCAGCCUCUUCUCUAUAUAUAUAUCUGGAAACUUAAAUUGCUGUAUUAUACUUAAAAGUUGACUAAUGCAAAUUUCUAGACUUGUACUUGGUUGUGGGCAGUCCUUGCCCUUCCAUUAUAGUUAAAUCCCACCAUCACCUACUGAAAAUAUAGUUAGAAUGUCUCUAAACCUGUGUACUGGUAACCAAUAUCUCAGAACGCCUCAUUUGUAUUACCACUGUAUUUGUGUACUUUAAUAAUUGUGUAAAUAAAUUCAU